CGCAUCUUACUUUUUAACGCGUCUAGUAGCAUUAGGAGCCAUUGUAUAAUGCAUACUAACUAGUAGUCUUAAAGGCUCGAUGGUUUCAGCCAAGAAGGGCACAUUGCUUCGCUGCGACGUCCCCACGAAGGUGUACGUCGUCCAUUUGAACAGCCAGUAUAGAGCAGAGGGGAAGAAGGAAUUCAUUAUUGCGGACCUUGAUGAUCAGACACUCUUGGUUAACCCUGCGUAUGUCGACGAGAUCCGUGCAGCAUUGAAGAAAUACAGUGACGAGCUGACGUUCGAGCCCACCGACAAGCUGCAAGGGCAACAAUAAGGAUCCAGCAAUAGAUUUCAGGAAGACGGCAGGGUGGCCAUGGCCGCCGACGUCCCAUCUGCUUUGCGAAUGUUUCUGGAGGUGCAGACGUGUCGUGCUCAGCUUUACGCACGCUUCGAUGCCGGGUUUAAGGCGUUUCUACUGAACAAGCAUGAGGCUGCCUAUAAGUCUCUCAUGGCGGAGCUCACGCCCUGCUUCAAUGACUGCUCGCGACGGGUCAUAGCACUGGAGGCGCAGCUCAAGGAAUGUGGGCGGGCAGACUUAGCUGGACUGUUGCGGGAGGUGCAGGAGUGCGAGCGUGAGAAGCUGCGGCUGACACUGUCGCUGCAGGCGCUGCGGCAGGCGGUCGCCUUCCGCACCCUCAGCUGGCAGCAGGGAGGAAGGGCCGCGGGGGCAGACAUCGGAGGUGGUGAGGCGGAGGAGGCGGAGGAGGAUGAGCUGGAGGCGCUGGCACUGCUGGACCCCGGGGCAGCUGCGGCUGCUCGCCAGCAGCGGCACCACUGCGGCUGCCAACACCACCAGCAGCAGCAGCAAGAGCAGCAACAACAGCAGCAAGAGCAACAACAGCAGCCUGAGCGAAGGCAGGAGCAGGUGCAGGAUGAGCAACAGCAGCAGCAGCAGUCGGGGGGGUGUUGCCGGGCGAACGGGGUUGCGUGUGGGGGGCAGGGGCGCACCCUUCCUCAGGCGGCGGAGGAGGAGAAGGCAGGAGGGGGCGAAGGAGGCAGCACGCUGCCACCCGCAGGGAGGACAGGAGCAGCAGCAGCUGAAGGGGUAGAGGCUACGGACGCCGGCCAGCAGCCCCAGCAGCAGCAUGCGGCGGGGUGCCGCAGCAGCGGCUGCUGUGACCAUGCUUGUCGGGCUGCGGGGGAUGCGGCUGCAGGGGGGCAGGCAGCGGAGCCCACUCGACGGGAGUAUCGGGCAGCGGUGCGGGAGGCCUUGCAGGGGCUGGACGGCUGCAUCCGGAGGAUCAAUGACAUCAUCGGUGAUGUGCGGAUGGAGCUGGAGGAGGAGUGACGCGCCGAGGAGCAUCUCGCUGUCCUGGAUGGGGCGCAGCAGCAGCAGCGUUGUGGAACUUCUGACCUUCCUCCUUUUCCGGUGUCACGGUUAGCUGCCCUUUGUGUCUUCAAACCGAAACAGUGGCCAUAGCCGGCGUGCAAGUUUGACGAUGACGAGCGGUGUUGCUUGGGUUGCUGACCAAGGGCUAAUAAGCUAGCUUGCAUCAAUAGGGUUGCAGCUUACUGAUUCUGGUCAGGGUAGCUGGGCAGCCACCGCCCGAAAGGAAUGCCUGUUGGUGUCGACACAAGCACGGCGGUUAACCCUGACUUGUGGUAUGACAUGCGGAAAGGAUUGGAGCCGAAAUUUGACACCCAAUUCAUGCGUUUUGGUGCCUUUAUUGCUAGUUGGUUGUGAAUUUGCAUCAGGCAUGCGGAUUUGUUAGGGACAUGCCUAAAUCGAUGUACGCUCGUCCCACCUGCAGUGUUGAAACUAUAGGUUUGCUUCAGUUACAGAUGUAGUUUUCCUGCUUUUCGUAUUAUAUAUUAAGGGCGUCCUGUUUAAACGCGGCCGUCGGCGCUGUAAAGCAAUUCCGUUAUUCGCUGCUUUUUGCUUAACGGACCCGCCGAGUUUCCCAUUUUACAUCGGUAUACCAAGCAGCGUGCGGAAGCAACGGGGUGUACUAGCUAAGCGUUAGCUUGUCUUGGCGGCCUACCGCUUACUUUUUCGCCGGCUCUGCAUACCAGCUUUAUAGGGUGUUUUUAUCGCCAUGACGCUAUUGGAGGUGAUUCUACCCUCUUCAUCAAACAAAGACCAAGAGUCGGCGCCAGGGACCGCUGGCCCGGCCCAGACCUUGUCGUCUGCUGUCGACGCGGAGGCCGCCGUUGACAGCGAGCGCACAGGAUCACCAUCUAUUCCCACCGACGCCUCCGGCCCCUCCGAGCUGCAGCCCUCCAGCUGGCAGUACCGGGUGUCAGGCGGCAAGCCGGCGGUGGCGGCGGUGAUUGCGGAGGUGGGCUGCGAGCACAUCCGCAACGGCGGGCCGCGCGGUGUGACGGAGGUGGCUGUACGGCACAUUCGUCGCCAUGACGUGGACAGCGACAGCAUAUACGUGGUGGACCUGGCGUCGCCCUUCAGACUGUUCAAGGCCUGGCGCGCCGCACUGCCCCGCGUGCACCCCUUCUACGCCGUCAAGUGCUACCCCGAGCCGGCAAUCCUGCGCCUGCUGGUGGCGCUGGGCGCGGGAUUCGACUGCGCCAGCCGCGGCGAGCUAGACAUGAUGCUGCGGAUGGGGGUGCCUCGAGAGCGCAUCAUCUUCGCGCACCCCUGCAAGCGCGGGUGCGACUUCCGAUACGCGCGCGAGCAUGGCAUUGAGUUCACCACGUUCGAUACCCUGUCCGAGCUGCAAAAGAUCGCGGAGCAGGACCCCGGCAUGCGCCUGGUGCUGCGCAUCCGCGCCGACGACCCGGGCGCACGCGUGCCGCUGGGCCUCAAGUACGGCGCGGAGGUGGGCGAGGCGGGGGGGCUGCUGGCGGCGGCGCGGCAGCUGGGGCUGUCCGUGUGCGGAGUGAGCUUCCACGUGGGCAGUGCGGCGAAGGACCUGGCGACCUUCAGCAACGCGAUUGAGAACGCGCGCAAGGUGUUCGACCAGGCCACCGCCCUGGGCUAUCACAUGGAGCUGUUAGACAUCGGGGGCGGCUUCACGGGCCGAUUCGACUCGGCGGGCAACGUCAUGUUUGGAGACAUCGCGCGAACCAUCAAUGCAGCACUGGCGCAGCACUUUUCGCCUGGCGGACCCAUGGGUCACGUGCGGGUCAUUGCGGAGCCCGGGCGCUACUUUGCGGAGACCAGCAGCACGCUGCUGACGGUUGUGAUCGGGCAGCGGGACAGGGCGGUGGCGGGGGGCGGGGGGGUGCACAAGGACUACUGGCUGACGGACGGACUGUACGGCAGCUUUAACUGUAUCGUGUACGACGGGCAGAACCCCGAGUACCGCAUCGUUCGCUCCCCCUUGCUUCCCCCCCUGGAGCCGCCCUCCCCCUCCUCCUCCCCCGCCCCCACCUUCCCCUCCACGCUGUGGGGGCCCACCUGCGACUCCGCCGACGUGGUGUACAAGGACGUGGCGCUGCCUCAGCUGCGUAACGGCGACUGGUUGUUGUGGCCCAACGCGGGGGCGUACACGGUGGCGGGUGCAUGCGACUUCAACGGUAUCGAGUUUACCACCCCGAUCAAGGUGUACGUGUGGUCGGACUGCUCGGUGGAUCCGCCGGAGGGGG